AUGGGUGCACUUCUGGCAACACCCGUGUAUAUCUCAUCGUUAGGAUGCUGCUGCGGUAGUGCGGCAUGCUCUUUAUGCUGUUCAGCAUGUCCAACUACCCGAAGCUCAUUGACUACCAGAGUAAUGUAUGCUGGAAUGUUGUUGAUUAGUACAUUCAUGGCUUGUCUAAUGCUUGCACCUGGUAUACAAGCUAAACUUGCUGAUUCAAAUUGGUUUUGUGAGGGUCUCUCUGGAAUUGCUGGAAUAAACUGUUCCCAUGCUGUUGGUUUUCAAGCUGUUUACAGACUUUGCGGAGCAGUGGUUAUUUUCUUCUUCUCGCUAAUGAUUUUGAUGUUGGGGGUGAAAUCAUCUCGUGACCCACGGUCGAAAAUUCAAAACAGCUUUUGGUUCUUCAAAUAUGUGAUCGUUAUUGGGAUCACUGUCGGAUUAUUUUAUGUCAAUUCAGAAAACAUUUCUGCACCUUUAAUGUGGACUGGGUUGAUCGGUGGCUUUAUUUUCAUUCUUCUACAGCUUAUAUUGAUAGUCGAUUUUGCUCAUUCGCUCGCUGAAGGAUGGAUGGAAAAGUAUGAAGAGAAUGAAAGUCGCACAUGUUAUUGUGGAUUGUUGACAUUCACUGUUAUGUCAUAUAUAUUAGCCUUCUUUGCUGUCGCGCUGAUGUACAUGUUUUACACUGCAGGAAAUUCAUGUCAUAUGCCAAAGUUAUUUAUUUCCCUCAAUGUCAUUCUCUGUGUACUAGUUUCUGUCUUGUCGAUCCUUCCACGUAUACAGGAACAAAUGCCUCGAUCAGGCUUGUUGCAGUCAUCGUUCAUUACUCUUUACGUAAUGUACAUCACAUGGUCAGCACUAAUCAAUAAUCCAGAUAAAGAAUGUAAUCCAUCGUUAAUUAACAUUUUUGCCAACCACACAACCCAACAUGGCCAGGAUGUUUAUGGAACACCAAUACCAGCUGAAUCUCUAGUUUCCCUUCUUAUUUGGUUCAUUUGUAUACUCUAUGCAUCAUUUCGGACCUCAUCGAGUUUCAAUAAAAUUGCAGGCGGUUCAUCACCUCUAACAGUAGAUGAUGCAGAUAACGGUUCUCAGCAACGUAUUAUCACAUCCACCGAAGAUAAUCCCGAAAGCGGACGUGUUUGGGAUGACGAAUCAGAUGCCGUUUCAUAUAGCUAUUCAUUUUUCCAUUUUGUAUUUGGGCUGUCUUCAUUGUAUGUAAUGAUGACUCUCACAUGUUGGUACAAACCGGAUAGUGAUUUGCGUCAUCUAAACAGCAACAUGGCAGCAGUAUGGGUGAAAAUUGUAUCUUCUUGGCUUUGCCUCGCAAUUUAUGCGUGGACACUUGCAGCACCAGCAAUUUUUCCAGAUCGUGACUUUUCCUGA